GAAGCAGAUGAUGGCUGAUACCGCUAAACCACAGCAUAUAAGAAAUAAACGAAGAUUAAUUUCUUAAGGCGUGGGGGGAGUGUACGGCUGAAAAUGCAGAAAUGACUUUCUGAAUGAUACGCAAGGUACGCAAGGUGCAUACUCCCCUUGUAUGGGAAGCACGGUUGGAAGAGUCAUAACACGAACUUCAGGGUCUCACUACCAUCCUCUGAAGCUCAGCCCUUUCAAUACCUAGCUGGUGACUUGGGCUUAGCCUGUCUAUAUUUUAAUAUCAUCCCUUCGUAAAAUGCAGAUGAAGACGCCUGUCUUACACAUCUCUGAUGAAAAUGAAACUCUCUAAGCCAGGUGAAGUGCCUAGCAUGUGCAACAGCCACCUGGUGACAAAGCCCAUCACUGCUGAAACCACUCCGCGUUGGCCGCAGAUCCCGCCACCUUGAAGAUGUGCCCCGGUAACUGGCUGUGGGCUUCCAUGACUUUUAUGGCCCGCUUCUCCCGAAGCAGCUCAAGGUCCCCUGUUCGUACCCGAGGGAGCCUGGAGGAGAUGCCCAGUGUUCACCAUCCCUUCCUCAAUGUCUUUGAGUUGGAAAGGCUCCUCUACACGGGCAAGACAGCCUGCAACCAUGCUGACGAGGUCUGGCCAGGCCUCUACCUCGGAGACCAGGACAUGGCCAACAACCGCCGUGAGCUUCGUCGCCUGGGCAUCACCCACGUCCUCAACGCCUCCCACAGCAGGUGGCGAGGCACCCCCGAGGCCUACGAGGGACUGGGCAUCCGCUACCUGGGUGUUGAAGCCCACGACUCGCCAGCCUUUGACAUGAGCGUCCACUUUCAAACCGCUGCGGACUUUAUCCAUCGGGCACUGAGCCAGCCAGGAGGGAAGAUCCUGGUGCACUGUGCGGUGGGAGUGAGCAGAUCUGCCACCCUGGUGCUGGCCUACCUCAUGCUGUACCACCACUUCACCCUCGUGGAGGCCAUCAAGAAAGUCAAGGACCACCGAGGCAUCAUCCCCAACAGGGGCUUCUUGAGACAGCUCCUAGCCCUGGACCGUAGGCUGCGUCAGGGUCUAGAAGCAUGAGCUGAAGGGGAUCAGGCCAGGUCCCUGAGUGGUUUCCUGACUCCCAGCUGGGAAGAGAAAACCUGGGAGGCAGGUAGUAGAAAGGCCAUACCACCCAUCCUCCCCCAGUGGCAGGAGAGUGAAGAGUCCCAAGACCGCUGUGGCUCUUUGUGGAUGGGGAUGGAGGGCCAGGUUGGGCAAUGUGGUCGGUGGGGGCUGCUGACCAGGAAGCAGUGGGGCUCUAAGUAGAGGAUGGCUCGAUGAUUAGGAUAUCCCCGCGUUCCAGCAGGGUACGCCCAAAUGACUCAGAAUCUCUUCCCCUCAUUGUGUUCAAGUGUCCCCCUCUCUCGCUUUUCCAAACAAAACGACCACUGCCCUGAAGUACCUGAGCAGUGGGGAUGUCAGGGACCCAGCAACACGGAUGUGAAGGAAGAUUGUACAGGUUGCAGAAAACAACACAGUCAGUUGGUGAUGGUGUGGUGUGAAAGUUACCAAUCCAGAGGGAGAAACCUACCCCCCUGUGCAACUGCAGGAAGAGGAGGUGUGUGACAGGACACCCUACCGGAGCUGCUUGGGGUCUAAUGACUUGGAGUCUUUAGGUGGUCAUAUUCUCACUGAAAACCAUGCGUCUGGAGUAAAAAUAAAGAAGUGAAAAAGAAGAAA